CCCAAAACACUUACCAUUUUUCCAAAAUGCUCCAUUUGGUCCUCAUAAUGCAUAGAAUGCCAAGCACAUGUACACACAUUAAACAAAGACAUACAAUCACAGCAGUUUAUUAAUGACCAAAGUACAACCUGCCUCUGUCUUCUAGUCGUCAACCUUUGACAUCCUAUAAAACUCACUACAUAAACCCAGGGUUUUGUAGAGGAAGGCUGAGGACAUUCUGUGCAUCAACGAAAACAACAUGAAGUUUGAAGAUCUAAUUACGGAGAUCAAUGGCUUCGGCAGGUUCCAGAAGAUGAUUCUUUGCAUCAGUUUUGUAGGUCGAUUCAUCAUCCCGUGUCACUUUCUAUUAAGCAACUUCAUCGCCGCCAUCCCGUCUCAUCACUGCGACAUCAGCUUUCUAGAUGCCGAUGGGCUCUUUGGAAAUCUAACUGAGGAGGAGAGACUGAUUGUCAGUGUUCCAACACAGGAAGACGGGAGUCCUGUUUCCUGUCACAUGUUCUCUCAUCCUCAGUUUCAGCUGCUGAUAAACUCCUCCAGCAGCUCAGAUCUUCCAGUAGUGGAGUGUCAGAAUGGAUGGCACUUUGAUAACAGCACCUUUAUCAGCACUCUCGCCACACAGUGGGAUCUGGUUUGUGAUAACAGAGGUCUGAAUAAAGCUGUGGCCACAAUCUUCUUUGUCGGUGUGAUGUUUGGAGCAGCUUUUUUUGGAGGCAUGAGUGACAGAUUUGGGCGUAAACCAAUGCUGCUGGUCUCAUACAUAUCAGGAAUGGCUUUUGCAUUGGCCAGCGUCUUUUCUACUUCCUUCACCAUGUUCGCAGUGCUGAGAUUCUUCAGUGGAUUCACUAUUACUGGCAUUGUUAUUGUCUCUUCUGUCCUCAAUCUGGAGUGGGUGGACAUUGAGCACAGGAGACUAGUGAGUAUCAUUGACAGUAUGGCAUGGGCUGUUGGGAGCACCUCGUUGGCUCUGAUUGCAUACUUUAUUCGAGACUGGAGAUGGCUGACAGUGGCUGUCACUUCACCUUUAGUGCUGUGCACUAUCCUUUGGUGGUGGGUUCCAGAGUCUGCUCGAUGGCUGAUAGCCAAUGGGGACGUGGAAAAAGCUCAUUAUUAUCUGCAUAAAUGUGCCGUCAUGAACCGUAAAGCUGAAGUUACAUCAAGAAUCAAACCUGAGGCUCUCGCUAUCAGUGUUUCAGAUCAAGGAAAGAAAAAAUAUACGUACCUGGACCUUGUCAGAACACCUAAGAUGAGGAAACUGGCUAUGCUCACAGGAACAGUAUGGUUUUGUGUCGCCACUAUGACCUAUGGUAUAAGCCUCAAUAUCACAAGCUUUGGAUUAAAUAUGUACCUCACUCAGUUUGUUUAUGGAGCCAUUGAGGUUCCAUCUAAACUGAUUGUAUAUUAUCUUCUGGAGAAAAUUGGCAGGCGGAAGACUGAAGCAGGAGCUCAACUAUUUGCAGGAAUCAGCCUCAUGAUUAACAUAUUCAUACCCAAAGAUCAGUGGAUUGGUCGUACUGUGGUUGCUGUUCUGGGUAAAGGCUUCGCAGUUGCUGCCUUUUGCACAAUUGUAUUAUAUAGCUCUGAGCUUUACCCGACUGUUCUCAGGCAAAAUGGCAUGGGCUAUAAUUCCUUCCUGGCUCGUCUGGGUGUUUCUGUGGCUCCUUUAGUCCUGCUAUUGGACACUUUCUGGGGUCAGUUCUCUCAGACCAUCUUGUGCUCGGUGGCACUAAUUGCUUCUGUGGUGGCCUGGAAUUUACCAGAGACUCGAGACAGGUGUCUACCAGAGACUAUAGAGGAUGUUGAGGGCACUGGGUAAGUCUUAACAUUCAGUACAACAUCAUUCUGAACAC